GAAGUCAGUUUCCUUUUAUAAUUACACUGUAAACACGUCCUCAUGGGAUUAAUGUCACUCCAAACAUGAUGAAAUUUUAUUAGGAAGUAAUUAGAAUAGACAAAUAUGGCCGCAUAUAUGAUCGCAAUAGUAUUCAUCAUGUUUUCACAGACAAGCAAUGCUGCAACUAUUACACCGACUAUCGGAGAAAUGGGGUCUGGUGACAUAGAUGACCAAAAUACUUCAACAAAAAUCGUCACUAAUAAAUAUCAUUCAACAGAACAACUUAAAGCCAUUAUUAACACAUCAAUUAAACCACAGACGUUUUCUGGUCAGAAUAUUAACCAUUCUAUGGAAGAUACUACUAGUGAGGAAAAUAAGCUCUCAUCAUCAUCAGCAACCACACCUAACUUAUUUGUAGAAGAAACCACGUCUACCGUUACAACAAAUGUAGAGACAUCAGCUAACAAUGGUAUCAGCUCAACGCUCCAACCUUCGUCAUCCACAACAAAACGGAGUUUUACUACUUCGCCAAUUAUAACAUCGAUUUUAACAUCAUUUAAAACACAGAGAACGACACAACAUUUAACUACAGAAUUACGCAAUGAAACGGACGUAACGGAGAAAGAAACAACAUAUAUUCACAGUACGACCGUAACGAAGAGACCAACAACUAAUAGUCGCAGUGAAACGGAAGUAACGAAAAGACCGACAACUUAUAGUCCCAGUACAACGGUAACAACGAAGAGACUGACAACAUACACGCGAGGUAAAACAGACGUAACCAAGAUACCGACAACUUAUAUUAGCGUGACGUCUUCUUCGACAGAACAAUCUGCUAUUGUUGAAAAUGAAACCACAAAGUCCUUAUAUACAGACAAUGCCAUAACCGAAGAAACAUCUUAUCAUACUGUAGAAAAUGUUCAUUCAACCGAAGCUAGUCUCCCAAGUAGUACGUUGGAUGUUGUCAAAUCAACAGUCACAACAAUUAAACCACCAGAUAUUUCACAGACUGUUUCCUUUUCAAAUAUCACAACAGCAAAAACAAGCAAUGUCAGCAAAAACAAAGAAACAGGAACAGAAAACGAUACUGUACUUGAUCAUCUCGCUUAUAUAAUACCAAGCGCUUUUAUUAUACUAUUGGCAGUUUUAAUUAGUGCUGUAUGCCUUAACAGGUAUAAAGGAAGGAAAAAGGCAGAGAACAUAGACGGUGUUCAAAAACGUCCCAAAAAUUCUUCCAAUCCUGCUUUUAUGAAAGAAAAUAUGAACGCGUUGGCAUACCAAUUUCAAUCUCGUGAUUCAAAAUUGCCGUCUGCUUUUAAAACAAAACUUGAAAACCCUGGAAAUGGUUUUGAAGAAAUAGAAUUGAGAGAAGAAAAUCAAAUUGCAGAACAAAAUUCAGAUAAAAAUCAAACAACAGUAGAAAUGGAAUCAAAUUUUAGCCCAAUAGGUAAAGACAGAAGUUAUUUCACAACCAUAGUAGAAAAUGAACAAAAUUAUGAUACAGCUCACACUCCACCACUUCCGGGGAAAGGCCAUAAGAUUCAAAAUGUUGCGCAUGACACAUCAGCUUCCCAUUACGAUGUUCUUCCUCUAAGAGAAAGCUUACCAGUCAAAAAAAGAAGACAGAAUUCAAUAGACGAAAUACCUGGGUUAACAAGAACAAACCUUUACAAAAACCCAGAAUACGAUGUUUUACCUCUGCGAACAUUUGCACAUAAUCAAUUACCGAGUGACUCCCGAGAUAGAACAGUUUUAGAAACAACAAAGCAAGAUAAUAACUUAUUACAUAGUGUUCAAGCAGGAAAUGAAACAAAAAAGCCAAUGGAAACUUUUAACUUCCCCGAUGAAGUGUUCAGCGACGAUCUAAGUGCACCAGGCAGUAAAAGUGAAAGUGAAACUGAGCAAGACAUUACAGAACAAGAAAUGAUUGGAAACAAUGCCGUUGAUCAAUUGAAACGUCGUGAGCCAGCAUCACGUGCACCCUCGUUCGUGGCACUACCGAGAGCAGCAUCCGGAUCGCUAAGAACAGCAUUGUAAUAAUUAAACAUUAUGUUAUUUGGUUUUUGUUAGUCUAUAAUUAUCUAUUAAACAAUUAUGAGAG